CAAUACCAUCAGGAAACAUACAAUGCUUUUCUGUGAAGUGAUUUUUGUUUUGUCUUUGAUGACAUUUCUACUCGACUUCCACGCGUCGGGCUGUGUUUUAAACUGUAAAGAUAAACCUGUGUUCACUCCAUCCCGGCUUGUGGUCAAGUAUGGUGACCCAGCGUCUGUGAUCUGCAAUGCAUGUCAGCAAGAAUGCCUCAACGAAUUCUUUAACUUAGAGUAUUCUGUGGGAAAGUCAACAAAAACCGGAACCACAAUUUCCUGGAAUAUUGAUAACUUCACUGACUGGACAGCUAGUCUCCAGUGCUAUUACAAUAAGGCUGCUGAGAAUGUUUCUGAUCCUGAUGUCCAGUGCUGUACCAUCCUGCCCCUAACCGUAUACAAGCCCCCAGAUAAGGUGUCCAUCAGCUUUGCUAACCACACCGGGCCAUUGAUAGAGGCUCAUCCGUACACUCUGCAGUGUACAGUACAUAAUGUUGCUCCUGUUGAAAAAGUCAUGGCAAUCUUCUACAGAGGACAUUCAGUUGUUGGUCAAGUACAGGUUAACAACAGUUAUGGGGGAAAACCAAUGACUCAUUCCUAUACUUUGGACGUCACCCCCCAUAAAGGUGAAGAUGGUGCUGCGUAUUGGUGUGCAGCAGAGCUUGUCCUGGGACCUGAAGGACCACAGCCCCCUCCAGUGGUGAUAUCUCAAAACAUGACUACCACUGUAUACUAUGCGCCUAAGCUACAGGUGCCAAAACAUCCAGGGUUGAUCACCAUCAAUGAAGGAAACCAGCUAAAACUGGAUUGCUCGUCUGAUGGAAACCCGAGUCCCUCAUACAAGUGGACGCUUCCAUCGGGUAGCCUUCACCGGAGCAGCAUCCUCACUUUCGAAUCUGCAGCUGCUGAACAUGAGGGCAAGUACACCUGUACUGUCAGCAACGGCUAUUGGAACUUCACUGAGGAGUUUCAUGUGAAAGUCCAUGCCAACAACAUCGUAUACAUUAUACUUGGUAUACUAUUUGCUGUUGUUCUGCUUGUCAUCAUUGGUGUUAUCUGCUACUACAAACACGACCUGAUUUUGAGCGUUUGCUGCUCUUGCUCACCACAUUCUGCCGUGCCCACCGGAGAGUGAGUGGACGGGAAAGCCUGAAAUGUGUAUGGACCAUAAUGGAGCAGUUUGCUACGUGAAGACUUGUAAGUCAAGAGGCUCCCCUGUGGCUGAAGCAAACCAUGAGCCACAACUUCACCUGUUGAGCCUAGUGAGCAACCUCUUCUACAUCUCCCACUCCCCCUUGUCCUGUUCUCUCUUUGUCCUGUAUUUAGAUCAAAUGUCUUUAUUUGUCUUCAGACAAUUUGUCUAUCCUAAUCCUGGUUGGCUUUAUUUCACAUUUUGUCACCUAAAUAUGUUCAAAAACAUAUAUAUGUCAACAGUCACUAUACACUUUGUGCUGCUCCUUAAUACUCCCAUACAUGAGUUAAAGUGUGGAGGUCUGGGGGAAGACAUACAGAACAAAUACAGUACCGAUUUGCUUUCUUCAGAAAUGAGCAAUAAGAAUUACGAAUAUAUCCUCUUACAGAACCAACAAAACCACUCUUCUUCAAACUGAAUACAUUGAAACUUAAGGACCUGGUCAAUUUCAAAACUAUUCAAAUCAUGUCCAGAGUUCAAAAUAAACAGUUACGGAACAGUAUCCAAAGAGUUGUUGAGCAAAGGGAAAAUGAAGACAACCUCAGAGGUUUAUUUAUGUACAAAAAACAAGCUGGGAAAACCAAUGUGAAACUUCAUCACAAUAAAGUGGAUUAAUCUAUGGAACAGCUGUAGUGAAGAAAUUAAAACAUGUAAAAGGAUCCUCUGCUUCCUGCUUUGUUGGGUUACAACCAUGUUUCUGUCCAACGUAUACGAAACAGAUGUAGAACUGAAGAAUCAAUGAGUAAGAUGGAAUACUAUAAGAUGUAAGGUCUGUACUGUCUACCAGCUGAUGUGAGUUAUAUAUUCUAUUUGUUGUUGUGUUUUGUUGCUUAGCUAGUUAACUGUAUUCUAUGAUUUUAUUUUGAAAGCUCAGGCAUUGGUGAAGCCUAAAAGGAAAAAGGGGUAGGACUAGUUUUUUUCACUUCAUCCUUCACCAUUUUCCAACAUGGACUUAAAAAAUAAUACACAACAAAAGGAAGUUCUCAUUGUUAUUUUCUUUGUCUGUUUGUAUAUUUUCUUUGCUAUUUUUAAUAUGUUUUUAAGAAAUAUAAAAUGUGAAAUGAAAGAAAAAUGUGUAAUGCUAUAAUUAUCAACAACUGUUGUGCAUAUUGGCCAAUAUGAAAGUUCCCAUAAACAAAGUGUAACUGUUUGUGAUUCUUGCUGUUUAGUUUCAUCACUCUGAAGGACUUUAUUCCUAGAGGUGCAGGAAGUGUAUUGUUAUUAUGUAAAAUUAAAUAAGCUUGAUUUUGUGUGUGUGUGUGUGUGUGUGUGUACUCGCUUGAAUAAAAUACUAAGCUCCAAAA